AUGGCUUCGAUUUCGAUACUGAAUCCUAAAGCGGAGUUCGCGAAAGCGCAGCAUGCGUUUAACAUAAACGUUGCAGCAGCCAAAGGCCUUUUUGAAGUUUUAAAGACAAACUUAGGUCCAAAAGGAACAAUGAAGAUGUUGGUUUCCGGCGCUGGUGAUAUCAAAAUCACAAAAGAUGGGAACGUGCUUUUACAUGAAAUGCAAAUUCAACACCCCACUGCUAGCUUGAUUGCUCGUGUGGCGACUGCUCAAGAUGAUAUGACUGGAGAUGGCACCACAUCCAACGUCCUUUUAAUAGCUGAAUUAUUGAAACAAGCUGAAGUGCAUACGUCAGAGGGCCUCCAUCCGAGGCUAAUAACAGAAGGCUUCGAACUUGCCAAAAAUAAAUGCACCGAGCUUCUCUCGGAGUGUCGAAUCGAAGUCCCCGCUGAAAUGCCUGACAAAGCUGUCCUUACCUCAGUUGUUGGCACUUCAUUGCGCACCAAGUUGCAUCCUGAUCUGGCCAAUAUACUCACGGAGCACGUAGUCGACGCAGUUCUUUGCAUCCGAAUUCCAGAGGAGCCUCUUGAUCUUCAUCGGAUUGAACUGAUGCAAAUGCAAAAUAAAACCGAUAUGGACACGUCCUUAAUUAAGGGAAUUGUACUUGAUCAUGGUGGACGGCAUCCUGACAUGCCUAAGCGCGUGACAAAUGCCUACAUUCUUACGUGUAAUGUGUCGUUCGAGUACGAAAAAACGGAGGUGAACUCCUCAUUCUUCUAUAAAACUGCCGAAGAGCGCGCAGCCCUUGUGAAGUCCGAACGUGAGUUCAUAGACCAACGGGUCCAGAAGGUUAUUGACUUGAAGAAUAAAGUAUGCGACGCGGCUGGUGGUGACCCCAAACCCGGGUUCGUCGUCAUCAACCAGAAGGGGAUCGACCCGUUCUCACUGGACGCGUUUGCACGCGAAGGUAUCCUAGCUCUGCGCCGCGCAAAGCGCCGAAACAUGGAGAGAAUUGCGCUCGCGUGCGGUGGAUACGCUGUCAACUCAGUUGAUGACAUCACUCCAGAGUGUCUUGGACAUGCAGGGCUUGUUUACGAAUACGUGUUGGGGGAGGAUAAGUUCACCUUCGUUGAAGAAUGCAAAAACCCUCGUUCGGUCACUCUUUUGAUGAGAGGACCCAACAAGCACACUCUUACUCAAAUAAAGGACGCUAUAAAUGACGGACUCCGCGCCGCCAAGAAUACAUUAGAAGAUGUGAGUCUGGUAGCGCCGUGCCAAAAGCAAAAUUCCGCGCUGUGCAAAGAGAAGGUGGUUUCGACCCGAUAUGAGUUCACAUAUGAUGGUGGAAGAGACUCUAGGAGACGGAUAUGGUGGAUCCGUCUAACAUCCGGAUCUGCCAGUCUUUCAGUUGCCAGGCGACGUGUCUGCAUCUUACGCGGUCUUGGAAAACGUAGCGAGAAACGACUCCGGACGAUUGAGCGGUCAGGAUUCACAAAUGUGCUCCAAAAAACGACCGGCAGUCAGUUACCUAUCUACUCCACCGGUGCCUUAUCGGCAAGUGAUCUUUUUGAGUGUGUGGCCGACACGCCGUUGGAGGACAAGUUGCACUACCGUACAUCAAGACAUAACAACUGGCGACAACACGAACCCACGAUGUCAAUUUCGGCAGAGCAACUCAAAUUAAUCUUACAGCAACAACAGAAGCAGUUCGAAGAAGCACAACUGAGGCUUGUUGAAUCUCUGAUGCGCAGUAUUUCGGUGAAUGCGACAAAAACGCGUGAGCCUCCGUCUUCUUCCGCAGAUGCUGCUGCCAGCUCAAUUACCGAAUUCAAUUUUGAUGCUGAAUCUGGACGAACUUUCGAAAGUUGGUUCAAGAAAUAUGAAGACAUGUUUCAAACCGACUUUGCUCAGUUUGAUGAUGCAUGGAAAGUUCGACUGUUGCUGCGGAAACUGGGGACAGCUGAACACGAUCGGUUCACAAAUUUCAUUCUCCCCAAACUCCCUCGUGACCUUGGUUUCGCAGAUGCUGUCAAAAUUCUGGCCCAAAUAUUCGGUGAACAAAGUUCCUUGUUCAAUAUUCGUUAUCAGUGUCUCAAGAUUACCAAAAGGGAUACUGAGGAUUUCAUCACAUAUGCCGGUGUGGUCAACAGAGAAUGCGAACGCUUUCAGCUCAGCUCCAUGACCGAGGAUCAAUUCAAGUGUCUCAUCUUUGUGGCUGGUCUUCAAUCACCACACGAUGCAGAUAUUCGGACCCGGCUACUGAAUCGAAUUGAACAGGAUCCAGAGUUGACGCUUCAGAAACUUACCACCGAAUGCCAGCAUCUUAUCAAUCUCAAGGCUGAAGCUGCGAUGAUUGGACAUUCCAAAUUCUCUCAGCCUAAUAUGGUAUGCAAAGUAACUUCCAAAAGGAAGUCAAGUUCAAAACGAACUCCAAGAAAACCGCCCACACCCUGUUGGUUUUGUGAAGAAUGGCACUAUUCACGCCACUGUCCCUACCGGAACCACAGGUGCAGUAAGUGCAGUCGAAAGGGUCACAAAGAAGAAUGCUGCAGAGACAACUUCAGGAGCUCGCGCAAACACCGACCCGACAAAAGGACGCAGGCAGAGCCUAUGACCGCCACAUUCAGGAUGAAAUCACCUGGUCGACGUAAAUUUGUCACAUUAUGUAUCAAUGGCACACCAGUUACUCUCCAACUGGAUACAGGUUCUGACCUCACCCUGAUUUCAAAACGAACCUGGAACGAAAUUGGAAGGCCACCAGUGGAACCCACAAAGUGCAUCGUUCAUAAUGCAUCUGGUGGAAGCCUCAAACUGACCGGGAAGCUGAACUGUGCCGUAACGUUCAAGGAAAUUCAUCUCAAUGGCACUUGCUACCUCACGAACUACACAGGCCUUGAUCUCUUGGGCCUGGAUUGGAUUAAUGAGCUUCAACUGUUGGAUGAACCCCUCAAUGCCGUUUGUGACGAAACAACUGCAAACGGCCCCGAUACGUUCACGAGAACAUCACGUCCUGACGAUUUUGUGGUCGCUACAGUUACAGCCAAACCGGAGACCAGAUGGAGCAUACGCGACACAGCGACUAUUCAGCUUCUGGCGUCCGGCAGCGAAUGUGUCGUGCCUGGUGCUGGUGCGUUCGAAAUCCAUGCCCAUAGACAGCUUUCCAAGUACUCGCACGAAAUCAAGGGACGUGCUCGGCUGGGCGUGCAAGCCUUCGCUAAUGCCUUACUUGUAAUUCCGAAAGUUCUUGCUGUGAAUGCUGGCCAUGACACUCAAGAAACCAUGGUGAAGCUGCUGGAGGAAGCAGCCAAAGUUGAGAAGCGUUGCGGAGGAAAUCCACCUAAUGAGCUCAUCGGACUGGAUCUGACAACUGGGAAUGCGAUGAUCCCGGCACAAGUUGGCGUCUACGACAAUUUUAUCGUCAAGAAACAGAUAAUCAGCUCUUGCUCCGUGAUCGCCUCCAACAUCCUCCUGGUGGAUGAAAUCAUGCGUGCCGGUCUCAGCUCUCUCAAAGGUUGAAUCCCCUGUCUUUAUCUGUUUGUGCGCCUUAUGGAACAAGCCAAAUAAACGUUUGCUGUUUGCUAAACCCCUGUUUUACUUCUCAAAGCUAACAUUUUCAGUUGUACAGUUCACUGAAAUGACUAUAAUUUUGGAAUGGCGAGCUCUAGGAUCGCUGGAAGAAUUAGAUGUGGUUGCGUCGUGCACUUUUGAACGUGUUUUUAUCUCUGUUUUAUUGUCUCAUUAAGAGAUCGACUGCUUAGGGUUUCUGUUUCAAUUCAUAAUCAGCAGCACACAAUCAACUUCAUAUUUCCGGUUUAGCAAAAAACUGACUUUCCUAGUGUACGAAACCCCUUAUGUAUUGCAUACCUCUGAACUAUCGAACCGGAGUUUUUGUCUCGACGCUUUCCGGUUCCGGGUGCUGUACACUAUAUUGAGU